GGCGGGCAAGGAGAGGAGGCGCCCAUGCGCCGCUGGUGCCGCCGUCGCUGCUCUGGCCGCAGCUGCUGCGCGGAGGCAACAAAGGAAGGCAUGAAGGAGCCGGCGCGGCCUGGACUGGCUGACUGAUCCCUGAGGUCUUUAACUCUUCUUUGUAAGUGAUAACUUACAUUCAAAAGGGGGAGAAAAAUGGCAUUUGUUUCAACGCAAGGACCCACUGUGGUUGACCAAACCACUUUAAUGAAAAAAUACCUCCAGUUUGUGGCAGCUCUCACGGAUGUCAAUACACCUGAUGAAACAAAGCUGAAGAUGAUGCAAGAAGUCAGCGAAAACUUUGAGAAUGUGACGUCAUCCCAGCAGUAUUCCACAUUCCUGGAGCACAUCAUCCCUCGAUUCCUUACUUUUCUCCAGGACGGAGAGGUUCAAUUUCUGCAGGAAAAGCCAGCACAGCAACUGAGAAAAUUAGUUCUGGAAAUAAUCCAUAGAAUACCAACGAAUGAACAUCUUCGACCGCACACCAAAAAUAUCUUAUCUGUGAUGUUCAGAUUUCUAGAGACUGAAAAUGAAGAAAAUGUACUUAUUUGUUUGAGGAUAAUCAUUGAAUUGCACAAACAGUUCCGGCCACCAAUCACACAAGAGAUACAUCAUUUUUUGGAUUUUGUGAAACAGAUUUACAAGGAGCUUCCAAAAGUAGUGAAUCGAUACUUUGAGAAUCCUCAGGUUAUCCCCGACAACACUGUUCCUACUCCAGAAAUGGUUGGUAUGAUCACGACGAUCGUAGUGAAAGUAAAUCCAGAACGGGACGACAGCGAAACGAGAACGCAUUCGAUAAUUCCUCGAGGCUCUCUCUCCUUGAAGGUGUUAGCUGAGCUGCCCAUUAUUGUUGUCCUUAUGUAUCAGCUGUACAAACUCAACAUCCAUAACGUGGUGGCUGAAUUUGUACCCUUGAUCAUGAAUACAAUUAUUAUUCAGGUGUCCACACAAGCAAGGCAGCAUAAACUUUACAACAAGGAACUGUAUGCUGACUUCAUUGCUGCACAGAUAAAAACGUUGUCGUUCUUGGCCUACAUAAUAAGAAUUUAUCAGGAAUUGGUGGCCAAGUAUUCUCAGCAAAUGGUAAAAGGCAUGUUGCAGUUGCUGUCAAACUGUCCUGCAGAAACAGCUCACCUGAGAAAGGAGCUUCUCAUCGCAGCCAAGCAUAUUCUGACCACGGACCUGAGGAGCCAAUUUAUUCCGUGCAUGGACAAAUUGUUCGAUGAAUCCAUACUAAUAGGCUCUGGGUACACGGCCCGCGAAACCCUGAGGCCCCUUGCAUACAGCACUUUAGCGGAUCUGGUUCAUCAUGUCCGACAGCAUUUGCCGCUCAAUGACCUCUCCCUCGCUGUCCAGUUAUUUGCUAAGAAUAUUGAUGACGAAUCAUUGCCCAGCAGUAUCCAGACCAUGUCAUGCAAACUUCUGCUAAAUCUCGUGGACUGCAUUCGAUCCAAGAGUGAACAGGAAAAUGGAAAUGGCAGAGACAUCCUCAUGAGGAUGCUGGAGGUUUUCGUCCUUAAAUUCCACACUAUCGCCCGCUAUCAGCUCUCCGUGAUCUUUAAAAAAUGCAAGCCGCAGUCUGAACUUGGGGCAGGAGAAGCCGCUUUGCCCAGUGUGCCGGCUGGAGGAAAUGCCGCUCCGGUUCCUGUUCCAUCCCCUGCUCCCACCACUCCUGUGGCCCCUACCCCGGGGCCUGUCUUUGAGAAGCAAGGGGAGAAGGAGAAGGAAGAUAAGCAAACAUUCCAAGUCACGGACUGCCGAAGUUUGGUGAAAACCUUGGUCUGCGGUGUCAAGACGAUUACGUGGGGUAUCACUUCUUGCAAAGCUCCUGGUGAAGCUCAGUUCAUUCCCAAUAAGCAGCUGCAACCUAAAGAGACGCAGAUAUACAUCAAGCUGGUCAAAUAUGCAAUGCAAGCUUUGGAUAUUUAUCAGGUUCAAAUAGCUGGAAAUGGGCAGACGUACAUCCGAGUUGCAAAUUGCCAGACCGUCAGGAUGAAAGAGGAGAAGGAGGUCCUGGAGCAUUUUGCUGGCGUCUUCACAAUGAUGAACGCUCUGACUUUCAAAGAAAUCUUCCAGACGACAGUUCCGUACAUGGUUGAAAGAAUCUCCAAGAACUAUGCCCUUCAGAUUGUUGCCAAUUCUUUCUUGGCCAACCCAACUACCUCAGCUCUGUUUGCCACAAUCCUGGUGGAGUAUCUUUUGGAUCGGUUGCCUGAGAUGGGCUCCAACGUGGAGCUCUCCAACCUGUAUCUCAAACUUUUCAAGUUAGUCUUUGGCUCUGUUUCACUUUUUGCGGCAGAAAACGAACAGAUGCUUAAGCCACACCUCCACAAGAUUGUGAACAGCUCCAUGGAACUUGCACAGACAGCCAAGGAGCCCUACAACUAUUUCUUGCUGCUCAGAGCUCUCUUCCGAUCGAUUGGAGGAGGGAGCCACGAUCUCCUGUAUCAGGAAUUCUUGCCCUUGUUACCAAACCUACUGCAAGGACUUAACAUGCUGCAAAGCGGCCUGCAUAAGCAGCACAUGAAGGAUUUGUUUGUCGAGCUCUGCCUCACUGUGCCAGUCCGACUGAGCUCCCUCCUUCCUUAUUUGCCAAUGUUGAUGGAUCCCUUGGUGUCUGCCUUGAAUGGAUCCCAGACGCUGGUCAGCCAGGGCCUGCGGACUUUGGAACUGUGUGUGGAUAACCUACAGCCAGACUUCCUGUAUGAUCACAUUCAACCUGUGCGGGCAGAACUUAUGCAGGCUUUGUGGCGGACACUGCGCAAUCCAGCAGAGAACAUUUCCCACGUUGCUUAUCGUGUGCUUGGCAAAUUCGGUGGAAGCAACAGAAAAAUGCUGAAGGAGUCUCAGAAGUUGCAGUAUGUCGUGACGGAGAUUCAAGGCCCCAGUAUUACGGCGGAGUUCUCCGACUGCAAAGCAUCGAUCCAGCUCCCAAUGGAGAAGGCCAUCGAGACUGCCUUGGACUGCUUGAAGAGUGCGAACACAGAGCCAUACUACCGGAGGCAAGCCUGGGAGGUGAUCAAAUGCUUCUUGGUGGCCAUGAUGAGCCUGGAUGAUAACAAGCAUGCUUUGUAUCAGCUUCUUGCCCAUCCCAACUUUACUGAGAAGUCGAUUCCCAGCGUAAUCAUUUCCCAUCGGUACAAAGCCCAGGACACACCUGCCCGUAAGACGUUUGAGCAGGCGUUGACAGGGGCGUUCAUGUCGGCAGUGAUCAAAGACUUGCGUCCCAGCGCUCUUCCAUUUGUAGCCAGCUUAAUUCGGCAUUACACCAUGGUGGCAGUUGCCCAGCAGUGCGGUCCAUUCUUGCUUCAGUGUUACCAGGUUGGAAGCCAGCCCAGCACGGCCAUGUUCCACAGUGAAGAAAACGGAUCCAAAGGCAUGGAUCCCUUGGUGCUUAUUGAUGCCAUCGCCAUCUGCAUGGCGUACGAGGAGAAAGAGCUCUGCAAAAUUGGAGAGGUGGCGCUAGCCGUGAUAUUUGAUGUUGCCAGCAUCAUCCUGGGAUCGAAGGAAAGGGCUUGCCAGCUUCCCUUGUUCUCGUACAUCGUGGAGCGGCUGUGCGCUUGUUGCUAUGAACAAGCCUGGUACGCAAAGCUUGGGGGAGUGGUGUCCAUCAAAUUUCUCAUGGAGCGACUGCCUCUCAUUUGGGUUCUCCAGAAUCAACAGACUUUCCUCAAGGCGCUGCUGUUUGUCAUGAUGGACCUAACAGGAGAGGUUUCGAACGGAGCAGUUGCAAUGGCCAAAACCACCCUGGAGCAGCUCCUGAUCAGGUGCGCGACUCCUCUGAAAGAUGAAGAGAAAACAGAAGACAUCCUCUCGGCCCAGGAAAAGUCUUUCCAUCAUGUGACCCAUGACCUGGUGCGAGAGGUGACCUCUCCAAACUCCACUGUAAGGAAGCAAGCGAUGCACUCCUUGCAGGUGCUUGCCCAAGUCACGGGGAAAAGCGUCACUGUGAUCAUGGAGCCGCAUAAAGAGGUCCUCCAAGAUAUGGUUCCUCCGAAAAAGCACUUACUUAGGCAUCAACCCGCAAAUGCCCAGAUUGGUUUGAUGGAGGGGAACACAUUCUGCACCACACUUCAACCCAGACUUUUCACCAUGGAUCUAAAUGUUGUAGAACACAAAGUGUUCUAUACAGAGCUGUUGAAUUUAUGUGAGGCUGAAGACUGUGCUUUGAUGAAAUUGCCCUGCUACAAGAGCCUUCCCUCAUUGGUACCUCUUCGGAUUGCAGCGCUGAAUGCCUUAGCUGCCUGCAAUUAUUUGCCGCAGUCGAGAGAGAAAAUCAUUGCUGCGCUUUUCAAGGCACUUAACUCAACAAACAAUGAACUCCAGGAGGCAGGAGAGGCUUGCAUGAGAAAGUUUUUGGAAGGUGCUACAAUUGAAGUUGACCAGAUUCACACGCACAUGAGGCCUCUGCUUAUGAUGUUGGGUGAUUACCGAAGUUUGACGCUAAAUGUGGUGAACCGCCUGACUUCAGUGACCCGACUGUUCCCUAACUCCUUUAAUGACAAAUUCUGCGAUCAAAUGAUGCAACACCUGCGUAAAUGGAUGGAAGUGGUAGUUAUUACACACAAAGGAGGACAGAGGAGUGAUGGAAAUGAGAGUAUUUCCGAGUGCGGGAGAUGUUCCUUGUCUCCAUUCUGUCAGUUUGAGCCUGCCAUGGAAGGGGUAGAGGAAAUGAAGAUUUGCUCAGCAAUUAUAAACCUAUUUCAUCUGAUCCCAGCUGCUCCUCAGACACUCGUUAAACCCUUACUGGAAGUUGUGAUGAAAACAGAACGGGCUAUGUUGAUAGAGGCUGGCAGUCCGUUCAGGGAACCAUUAAUAAAGUUUCUGACGCGUCAUCCAUCACAGACGGUUGAGUUGUUCAUGAUGGAAGCAACCUUAAAUGAUCCACAGUGGAGCAGGAUGUUCAUGAGCUUUUUAAAACAUAAAGAUGCGAAGCCACUGCGGGAUGUUCUGGCAGCUAAUCCAAAUCGCUUCAUCACAUUAUUGAUACCCGUCGGUACUCAAGCAGCUGUUCGCCCUGGCUCUCCCAGCACCAGCACCAUGCGCCUUGAUCUCCAGUUUCAGGCUAUCAAGAUCAUAAGUAUUAUAGUGAAGAAUGAUGAGUGCUGGCUGGCGAACCAGCAUUCCUUAGUGAGCCAGCUCAGGCGAGUGUGGGUCAGCGAAGCCUUUCAGGAGAGGCACCGCAAGGAGAACAUGGCAGCCACAAACUGGAAGGAACCAAAGCUUCUGGCGUACUGCUUAUUGAAUUACUGCAAGCGAAAUUAUGGUGACAUAGAGCUGCUCUUCCAGCUUCUCCGGGCCUUUACCGGCCGUUUCCUCUGCAACAUGACUUUCUUAAAAGAAUACAUGGAGGAAGAGAUUCCCAAAAAUUACACCAUUGCCCAAAAACGGGCACUCUUCUUCCGCUUUGUUGACUUCAGUGAUCCCAACUUUGGAGAUGAGCUUAAAGCCAAGGUUCUGCAACACAUCCUGAAUCCGGCUUUCUUGCACAGCUUUGAAAAGGGAGAAGGUGAACAGCUUCUGGGGCCCCCCAACCCAGAAGGAGAUAACCCCGAAAGCAUCACCAGUGUAUUUAUAACAAAGGGUCAGGUACUUGAUCCAGAAAAGCAAGCUGACAUGCUCGAUUCGCUCAGGAUUUACCUCUUGCAGUUUGCCACUCUUCUCGUGGAGCAUGCGCCGCACCACAUUCACGACAACAACAAGAACCGGAACAGCAAGCUGCGGCGCCUCAUGACCUUUGCCUGGCCCUGCCUGCUCUCGAAGGCAUGCGUGGAUCCAGCCUGCAAAUACAGUGGACACUUGUUGCUAGCACACAUCAUCGCCAAGUUCGCCAUUCACAAGAAGAUAGUCUUACAGGUGUUUCACAGCCUCCUGAAGGCCCAUGCGAUGGAGGCACGAGCCAUUGUCCGGCAAGCCAUGGCUAUUCUGACGCCAGCAGUGCCUGCCCGGAUGGAAGAUGGCCACCAGAUGCUGACCCACUGGACAAGGAAAAUCAUAGUGGAAGAAGGUCACACCGUUCCCCAGCUGGUGCAUAUUUUGCAUUUAAUAGUCCAGCACUUCAAGGUUUACUAUCCGGUGAGGCACCAUUUAGUGCAGCACAUGGUGAGUGCCAUGCAGAGACUGGGCUUCACUCCCAGUGUUACUAUCGAGCAAAGGAAGCUGGCUGUGGACCUGGCAGAAGUGGUCAUCAAAUGGGAAUUGCAAAGAAUCAAAGAUCAGCAGCCGGAUUCCGAUAUGGAUCAGGGUUCCAGUAGCGAAGGAGCCAGUUCCGCCUCAUCUGCUGUGAAGAGGGGGCUUUCGGUCGAUUCAGGCCAAGAAGUGAAGCGGUUCAGGACUGCGACGGGGGCAAUAAGUGCAGUAUUCGGACGCAGCCAAUCGCUGCCUGGAGCUGAUGCGCUCCUUUCAAAGCCCAUUGACAAGCAACACACGGAUACGGUCAUCAACUUCCUCAUUAGAAUUGCUUGCCAGGUAAAUGACAACUCAAACACGGCUGGCUCUCCAGGAGAACUGCUCUCUCGACGUUGUGUCAACCUUCUGAAGACAGCUUUACGACCAGACAUGUGGCCGAAAUCAGAGCUCAAACUGCAGUGGUUUGAUAAGCUGCUAAUGACUGUGGAACAGCCCAACCAGGCCAACUUUGCCAACAUCUGUACUGGAUUGGAGGUUCUCAGCUUCCUCCUUACCGUACUCCAGUCUCCAGCUAUUCUGAGUAGCUUCAAACCUCUGCAGCGAGGGAUUGCCUCUUGCAUGACAUGUGGAAACACCAAAGUUCUAAGAGCUGUCCACAGCCUCCUUUCUCGCUUAAUGAGCAACUUUCCUACAGAACCAAUUAACUGUGGCGUAGGUACUUCAAGUGUUGCCUCAAAGUAUGAAGAACUGGAGUGUCUCUAUGCAGCUGUUGGGAAAGUUAUUUAUGAAGGACUUACUAAUUAUGAAAAAGCUACAAAUGCCAAUCCUUCUCAACUCUUUGGUACCUUAAUGAUUUUGAAGUCUGCAUGCAGCAACAAUCCCAGCUACAUAGACAGAUUGAUUUCAGUCUUCAUGCGAUCUCUCCAGAAGAUGGUGAGGGAACACUUAAACCAACAGUCCCAGGCAGGGGCAGCAGAAGCAAACACAGCUGGUACAAGUGAAUUGGUCAUGCUGAGCUUGGACUUGGUGAAAACCCGCCUUGCUGUGAUGAGCAUGGAAAUGAGGAAAAACUUCAUCCAAGCUAUUCUGACAUCCCUCAUUGAGAAGUCAAACGAUGCCAAAAUCCUCCGCGCUGUCGUCAAGAUUGUGGAAGAAUGGGUGAAGAACAACUCUCCAAUGGCUGCCAACCAGACACCUACGCUCCGAGAGAAGUCCAUUUUGCUAGUAAAAAUGAUGACCUACAUUGAAAAACGUUUUCCAGAAGACCUUGAAUUAAAUGCCCAGUUUUUAGACCUUGUUAACUAUGUCUAUAGGGAUGAAAACCUUUCGGGCAGCGAGCUUACUGCUAAACUUGAACCAGCCUUCCUUUCGGGACUCCGCUGUGCUCAGCCGCUCAUCAGAGCCAAAUUUUUCGAGGUUUUUGACAACUCCAUGAAGCGCCGUGUCUAUGAGCGCCUGCUUUAUAUCACCUGUUCUCAAAACUGGGAAGCCAUGGGAAGCCACUUUUGGAUCAAGCAGUGUAUUGAGCUCUUGCUGGCUGUAUGCGAAAGAAACACCACAAUCGGGACCAGCUGCCAAGGUGCCAUGCUGCCAUCCAUCACAAAUGUCAUCAACCUAGCUGACAGCCACGACCGGGCAGCAUUUGCUAUGGUGACCCACGUCAAGCAGGAGCCUCGUGAAAGAGAAAACAGUGAAUCUAAGGAAGAGGAUGUGGAGAUAGACAUUGAGUUGGCUCCAGGUGAUCAGACUAGCACACCCAAAACCAAAGAGCUUUCUGAAAAGGACAUCGGCAACCAGUUGCACAUGCUAACCAACCGGCACGAUAAAUUUCUCGACUCUCUUCGAGAAGUGAAGACUGGAGCCCUGCUAAGUGCCUUUGUGCAGCUGUGCCAUAUUUCGACGCCCUUAGCUGAAAGGACCUGGAUCCAGCUGUUCUCCAGAUUGUGGAAAAUCCUAUCGGAUAGACAGCAACAUGCCCUUGCAGGAGAAAUCAGCCCGUUCUUGUGUAGCGGGAGCCAUCAAGUGCAGCGGGACUGCCAGCCUAGUGCGCUGAACUGUUUCGUGGAGGCCAUGUCUCAGUGUGUCCCUCCCAUUCCAAUCAGGCCCUGUGUGCUGAAGUACCUGGGCAAAACACACAACCUCUGGUUCCGUUCGACUCUGAUGCUGGAGCACCAAGCCUUUGAGAAAGGACUCAGUCUCCAGAUUAAGCCUAAGCACUGCACUGAGUUUUAUGAGCAGGAAAGCAUAACUCCGCCUCAACAGGAAAUACUCGAUUCUCUUGCGGAGCUGUACUGUCUUUUACAAGAGGAGGACAUGUGGGCUGGACUGUGGCAGAAACGCUGUAAAUUUCCGGAGACAGCAACUGCUAUUGCUUACGAGCAACACGGCUUCUUUGAGCAGGCCCAGGAAACCUAUGAGAAAGCAAUGGAGAAAGCGAAGAAAGAACAUGAAAGAAGCAAUGCUUCCCCUGCCAUUUUCCCAGAGUAUCAGCUCUGGGAGGACCACUGGAUUCGGUGCUCCAAAGAGUUGAACCAGUGGGAAGCUCUGACAGAGUACGGCCAAUCGAAGGGUCAUAUAAACCCCUACCUAGUCUUGGAAUGUGCGUGGCGCAUCUCAAACUGGACCGCCAUGAAGGAGGCGCUGGUGCAGGUGGAGUUGAGUUGCCCCAAAGAGAUGGCAUGGAAAGUCAACAUGUACCGUGGAUACCUGGCAAUCUGCCAUCCCGAGGAGCAACAGCUCAACUACAUAGAGCGUCUGGUUGAAAUGGCCAGCGGCUUGGCUAUCCGGGAAUGGCGAAGACUUCCUCAGGUGGUUUCCCACGUUCACACGCCCCUUCUUCAGGCAGCACAGCAAAUAAUUGAACUUCAGGAAGCAGCCCAAAUAAAUGCAGGGUUACAGCCGGCCAAUCUUGGGAGGAAUAACAGCCUGCAUGACAUGAAGACUGUUGUGAAAACUUGGAGGAACAGGUUACCAAUUGUGUCGGAUGACUUGUCCCACUGGAGCAGCAUUUUCAUGUGGAGGCAACAUCAUUACCAAGCCAUCGUCAGUGCAUAUGAGAACAGCACUCAGCACGAUCCUAGCUCCAAUAACGCCAUGCUGGGUGUCCACGCUUCGGCCUCUGCCAUUAUCCAGUAUGGGAAGAUCGCUCGGAAGCAAGGGCUGGUCAACGUGGCUCUGGACAUCCUGAGUCGCAUUCACACUAUUCCGACGGUGCCAAUUGUGGAUUGCUUCCAGAAGAUCCGACAGCAAGUCAAAUGCUACCUCCAGCUGGCUGGAGUCAUGGGCAAAAACGAGUGCAUGCAGGGCCUUGAGGUUAUUGAAUCAACAAAUCUGAAGUAUUUUACCAAGGAGAUGACUGCAGAGUUCUACGCGCUGAAGGGGAUGUUUUUGGCUCAGAUUAACAAGUCCGAGGAAGCAAACAAAGCCUUCUCUGCAGCUGUGCAGAUGCACGACGUUCUAGUGAAGGCCUGGGCGAUGUGGGGAGACUACUUGGAAAAUAUAUUUGUGAAGGAGCGUCAGCUGCAUCUCGGGGUCUCAGCCAUCACUUGCUACCUGCAUGCCUGUCGCCAUCAGAAUGAGAGCAAGUCCAGGAAGUAUUUAGCAAAGGUCCUUUGGCUACUGAGCUUUGAUGACGACAAGAACACGCUAGCAGAUGCUGUUGACAAGUACUGCAUUGGAGUCCCCCCUAUCCAAUGGCUGGCUUGGAUUCCCCAGCUGUUAACCUGUCUGGUUGGGUCAGAAGGGAAACUUCUGUUGAACCUUAUUAGUCAGGUUGGGCGAGUCUAUCCCCAGGCAGUCUACUUUCCUAUUCGGACCCUCUACUUGACACUGAAGAUAGAACAGCGGGAGCGCUACAAAAGUGAUUCCGGACAGCAGCAGCCAAGUUCAGUUGGAAACCAAUCCCAUUCGGCUUCGGACCCCGGGCCAAUCAGAGCCACAGCUCCCAUGUGGCGUUGCAGCCGAAUUAUGCACAUGCAGAGGGAAUUGCACCCCACCCUCCUCUCCUCUCUGGAAGGGAUUGUGGAUCAGAUGGUCUGGUUCAGAGAAAACUGGCACGAAGAGGUCCUCCGACAGCUUCAGCAAGGCCUGGCAAAGUGCUACUCUGUCGCCUUUGAGAAGAGCGGAGCGGUUUCAGAUGCCAAAAUCACCCCCCACACGCUGAAUUUUGUCAAGAAGUUGGUCAGCACUUUUGGUGUCGGUCUGGAGAACGUCUCCAAUGUCUCCACCAUGUUUUCCAGUGCUGCUUCGGAGUCGCUAGCGAGGAGAGCCCAGGCGACGGCUCAAGACCCUGUCUUCCAGAAACUGAAAGGGCAGUUCACAACAGAUUUCGACUUCAGCGUGCCAGGCUCCAUGAAGCUCCACAAUCUUAUUUCUAAGCUGAAGAAAUGGAUCAAAAUUCUCGAGGCAAAAACGAAACAGCUUCCCAAGUUCUUCCUCAUAGAGGAAAAGUGCCGGUUCCUGAGCAACUUCUCAGCCCAAACAGCCGAAGUGGAAAUUCCUGGAGAGUUCCUUAUGCCAAAGCCGACGCAUUAUUACAUCAAGAUUGCACGGUUUAUGCCCAGAGUGGAGAUUGUACAAAAGCAUAACACUGCAGCCAGAAGACUCUAUAUCCGAGGCCAUAAUGGAAAGAUUUACCCAUAUCUCGUAAUGAACGACGCUUGCCUGACAGAGUCACGCAGAGAGGAACGAGUAUUACAGCUCCUUCGCCUCCUCAACCCCUGUUUGGAGAAGAGGAAAGAAACCACAAAGAGGCAUCUCUUUUUCACAGUCCCCCGAGUCGUGGCAGUCUCUCCACAGAUGCGCCUGGUCGAAGACAAUCCUUCAUCUCUCUCUCUCGUGGAGAUCUACAAGCAGCGCUGCGCCAAGAAGGGGAUUGAGCACGACAGCCCGAUUUCUCGCUACUAUGACAGACUGGCAACCGUCCAAGCGCGAGGGACCCAGGCCAGCCACCAGGUUCUCCGUGAUAUUCUGAAAGAGGUGCAGGGCAACAUGGUUCCGCGGAGCAUGCUGAAAGAGUGGGCUUUGCACACCUUCCCAAACGCCACCGAUUACUGGACCUUCCGGAAGAUGUUCACCAUCCAGCUGGCACUGAUCGGGUUUGCAGAAUUUGUCUUCCAUUUGAACAGACUUAACCCUGAGAUGCUGCAGAUUGCUCAGGAUACUGGCAAACUGAAUGUGGCAUACUUCCGUUUUGAUAUCAAUGAUGCUACCGGGGAUCUUGAUGCCAACCGCCCCGUCCCAUUCCGACUCACACCAAACAUUUCUGAGUUCCUCACUACUAUUGGCGUUUCUGGUCCACUCACUGCAUCUAUGAUUGCAGUUGCUCGCUGUUUCGCACAACCAAACUUUAAGGUUGAUGGGAUCCUGAAGACUGUGCUGCGGGACGAAAUAAUUGCUUGGCACAAGAAGACCCAAGAGGAUACUUCCUCCCCGCUCUCGGCAGCAGGGCAGCCGGAGAACAUGGACAGCCAGCAGCUGGUUUCGCUGGUUCAGAAAGCCGUGACCGCCAUCAUGACGCGUCUGCACAACCUGGCUCAGUUCGAAGGCGGGGAGAGCAAAGUCAACACCCUGGUUGCUGCGGCAAACAGCCUGGACAACCUCUGCCGCAUGGAUCCCGCCUGGCACCCCUGGCUCUGACUCGGCAUCGUGGAGUUCUUGUGGCCUGCAGUUGCGCUGCCGAGAAGGGUGGGGAAAUGCGAACACUUCUUUGUGAACCAUGCCUUGCCUUGCCGCUGCAUCUCCACCCGUCCUGACCCCGCCUUUUCAUCAGUCUUCGGUGUGAUCAUGUUUACAGAAGUACUGCCGCCUCUUCGCUCCUCGAAGUCACUUUUGCAUGCUUAUUGUCCAAGGAUCGCUCCUUUGAAGUGGCUCGGGGAGAGGAGACUCGGAACAGCGCAGUGAGAACCAUCUCUUGCUCCGUGCUGCCGCGAGGAUGUGCUUGUGGCUUGGAAGCUGCAGGCCUGCUCGUUCAAACUUUUUUGUUUUAUUUCAAGAACGCUUUUAAGGAAUUCGUAUCCCCACGUUGUGGGUCUUCCUGCGUGACGUUCCUGUUUUUCAUUUUAUAAAAAAGUGUUUUCUUCGUUGUUUACCUUCCGAUUGGUGCAAAUACUGCUGGAAUGAAUGCCAUUUUAAUCCAGUCAGAAAUAUGUGUGCAUCGCAGUGGGUUUGUACAGUGGUUUUGUAACAAAAUGUAUAGAGAAGGGGAGGGGAAUUGCUCUUUUGGGGUCACUACGGAGUGAGAAAUGAUGAAAUUGUGCUAGUUUUCUCCCUUACUGUUGCAGUGCAUUGUACAGAUGGACCCAUUUCUGAAACCUAGUUUAGAGGCUCACUUCUGUGUAGGAGGAGCACUGUACAAGUGAAUUCGUCAUCCAUUAAGUUGCAUAUUUUGAUGGAACCAGUGCAACACAAGUCAGAAAGUAUAUGAUAAGCUGGUUAUUUCCUGAGCUUUGCCAUCUUUAAGUGUGUAUCAUUAAGUAGCUUCUCGAGAAAAUGUUUUUAGUUUUUACCUUUGUAAUUUAAAAGAAAGGGGGAGGGAGAGAAAAUGGCUUUUAUUUGGGUCCAUGUUAGCAUUUUUUAUAAAACUUGCAGUGUUGAAAAUGUUACAGUUCAAAUUUGUACAGAGCGAACUUUUUCAAAAUAAAUAUUUUCUAAAAUGCUUUAA